AUGUCUUCAACGACUGCAGCUCCCCUACUGGCGCUGCUAAAGGAAAAGGAUGAUUCGGUCAAAAGUUAUGCAUUGAAGUCUAUCAAUGAUGUUGUGGAUGAACUGUGGUCGGAGAUUUCGAAUGGUAUUACCGAGAUUGAGGCUCUGUACGAUGAUGGGAAUUUUUCAGACAGACAGAUGGCGGCAUUGAUUGCAUCUAAAGUGUACUAUAAUUUGGGAGAGUACGAAUCUGCUGUGAAAUUUGCCUUGGCAGCUGGUGAUUGUUUUGAUAUUGACGAAAAAUCACAGUAUGUGGAAACUAUCGUCUCUCAGAGUAUCGAGAUGUAUAUUAAAAGCUCCAAAGAAGAAUUUGAAUCAAAGGACAGUAAGUUUGAAGGCGAUGAGAAACUCAAGGCUAUCUUCGAAAGGAUGAUAUCGAAAUGUGUAGCAGCUGGUGAGUACAAAUUAGCGCUUGGGAUUGCAUUGGAAGCCUUUAGACUGGAUUUGGUGAAUGAUAUAUUGAAAUCCAGGUUGAAGGAAGACACAGAGGCCAAUGGUCUCAAAUUGAUAAAUUACGUUCUGACAGCAACUACUACGAUUGUCGCAAACAGAAAAUUUAAGGAGAGCAUGUUGAGAUCGUUAUUUGAAAUCCUGAACUCUAUGAAAUCAGCAGACUAUUUCACUGUUUCUAAAGUGGUAGUGAACCUAAAUGAAGCGGCUUUGGCCAUUAAACUGUUUGAGAAAUUGCAUAGUACCGAAGACAUUGAAGUUUCUUAUCAAAUCGCUCUGGAUAUGGUCUCGUCUGGUUCUCAAGAACUGCUAGACACUCUUUUACGCGAUUUGACAGAAAAAGGUUAUGAUUCAAGGUUACUUGAUAUCCUCUCUGGACUACCGACAUGCGACUAUUACAACACUUUUCUGUUCAACAACAAAAACAUUGAUAUCGGUCUAUUGAAUAAAUCCAAAUCAUCUCUCGAUGGUAAGUUUUCUUUAUUCCAUACUGCAGUCAGUGUGGCUAAUGGGUUCAUGCAUGCCGGUACAACUGAUAAUACAUUCAUUAGAACAAAUUUGACAUGGCUUGGAAAGGCUCAAAACUGGGCCAAGUUCACAGCAACUGCCUCAUUGGGUGUAAUUCACAGAGGCAACCUUGCUGAUGGUAAAAAAGUCAUGGCUCCUUACCUCCCUGGCAGUCGUUCCACUUCUCGCUACAUUAGAGGGGGUUCACUGUAUGCCCUUGGUCUGAUUUACGCGGGAUUUGGAAGAGAUAUUAUCGAUUACCUGAAAGUACAUAUUGUGGAAAACAGCGCUGCAACUGGUGAUGAAGAUAUUGAUGUUCUAUUGCAUGGUGCUUCGCUGGGUAUUGGUCUGGCCGCUAUGGGUUCGGCUAGUACAGACGUUUAUGAAUCUUUGAAGGAAGUUUUGUACAACGAUUCGGCGGUUUCUGGAGAGGCUGCUGCAAUGGGUAUGGGUCUGACCAUGUUGGGAACUGGUAACGAAUCUGCUAUACGUGAUAUGUUGACUUACGCGCAAGAGACACAACAUGGUAACAUCACUCGUGGUCUAGCGGUGGGUUUGUCAUUGGUAAGUUACGGUCGCCAAGAAACAGCUGAUGGGUUGAUCUCAAGCAUGUUGGAUAGCGAAGAAGCAUUGCUACGUUAUGGUGGUGCCUUUACCAUUGCUCUCGCAUACGCAGGUACCGGAAACAACAAAGCUGUUAAGAAGCUUCUUCACAUCGCGGUCUCCGACUCUAAUGAUGAUGUUAGACGUGCAGCUGUCAUUGCAUUAGGUUUCGUCCUCCUUCGUGACUACACUACUGUUCCGAGAAUUGUUGAGCUUUUGUCCAAAUCCCAUAACGCUCAUGUUAGAUGCGGUACAGCAUUUGCUCUUGGUAUUGCGUGUGCUGGCAGAGUGUUGCCGUCCGCGAUUGAUGUCUUGGAGCCUCUAACUAAGGAUCCUGUUGAUUUCGUCCGUCAAGCGGCUAUGAUUGCAUUAUCGAUGAUCUUGAUUCAACAGACUGACAAGCUGAACUCAAAAGUAGCAGAAGUUAAUCAAAAUUUCCUGAACGUCAUCACCAAUAAACACCAAGAAGGUCUGGCUAAGUUCGGUGCAUGCAUUGCCCAAGGUAUAAUGAACGCUGGUGGUCGUAACGUCACCAUUCACUUAGAAAACGCUGAAAUGGGAACUCUAGAUGCUAGAGCUGUCGUCGGUUUGGCUAUGUUCUCACAAUUUUGGUACUGGUUCCCUCUUGCACAUUUCCUAUCUCUGUCCUUCACACCAACUACAGUUAUCGGUGUACGUGGGUCUGAUUUGAACAUCCCAAAAUUUGAGCUGAACUGUCACGCCAAACAAGACAUUUUUGGUUAUCCAAAGAUGUACGAAGAGGCAGCCGAUAAGGAGGUUGAGAAAGUAGCAACUGCUGUGCUAUCGACUACCGCAAGGGCCAAAGCCAGAGCUAAGAAGACGAAGAAGGAAAAGGAUGCUGGCGAAGGCGAGAAGGUCAAAAUCGCCGAAGGGAAAGCCACAUCAACCAAGGAACAAGAAGGCACCAAGGAAAAGGAUGAAGAAGUCAGCAAAGUCAAAUACUCUUCCAAACCUUACAAAAUCGAGAAUAUGUCGCGUGUUUUGCCUCAACAAGCAAGAUAUAUCUCUUUCAAUAAGGAUGAUCGUUUUGUUCCUAUUCGUAAAUACAAGGGAGGUAACGACGUUAUUAUCUUAACAGAUAAAAAGCCGGAAGAACCCGUUUCACUAAUAGAAACGGUGAGGCAAAGCAAAGAUGUGAAUGCUCCUUUGCCAACACCGUUCAAAGUGGAGGACAAUUUGGAUUACCCCGAUAUAUAA